UGCUGUGAAUCAACAAAGGUGGGAGAUAAGGAUGCGGGUGGUCUUGUUGUCCCAGUAUCCCGAGGUUUCAAUAAGGCGGCAGCGGUGGCGGCGGUGGCCAGAGCAGCAGCCGUAGAAUCAGCGAGCGGGACGGAGUUAGGACCGCUCGGAGCGCCCAGGUCUCGAGGUAGUAUAAGGUUUUUGCAAUCCUUCCACUCGCUGGCAGUUGCAGAAGAUCUGCUUUUUAAGUGAGAAGAACACGCCACCCCUCCGAGGGCUGCGGCUUCCCGGGGCUGUUUCGUCGCUAGUCGCUUGGCCGGCCCCUGGCGCUCACUCUCUAAUUCGUCCGCGCCCCUAAGUUUGCCGAGAGCAGGCUGCCGGCUGGGAGCAGGGUCCCGGCCGGGCGCCGCGGGCGGGGGCUGGGAAGCCGCGAACCGCAAUCCAGAAGCAUCUUGGGGCCAUGUAUAUUUCAUCAAACGGACUUUGGGUGCGUCGCGUCUCGCAGCCAUCAGCGUUAUGUGCAGUGACAUUUCUGACUUGAGUGGAGGAAUGCGCGAAGGAAACCGGGGCAAAAUUGCUUCGAGAGGCUCUUCUUGGCGCCAAGGCUAAUUGUCCUGAUUUAUGUCGCUUCUGACAAAAAAGAAAAAAAAAAAGACCCAACAUCUUCAUCUGAAAUAAAAUGAAAGCGGUGCCAAGCGGGAUAGAACCGCCCGGCCGCUGGUUCUGAUCCCCCGGGAUCGGGGGAAAAAAUCGUUCUGCGGCUUAAAAGAAAAGAAAGAAGAAAGGAAUAGAAAUAGAGAAGAGGGAGAGAAAACCCACAGUAAAAGUUUAAGGCGAGAAGUGGCGGUGGUGGCGGCGCGGGGAGGCUGCGAGCGGAGACGGCUGGCGAGACCUUGGAAGGCGGCGAUUUGGUUCCUAAUCCCACUGUAUUUUUGGAGGGAGAGGCACCUUUCUCAUCCUCCCUUCCUCUCCGCCCACCCCUCUCCCUCCCCCUCAUCUACCUGUCAAAGUCACUGAUCUUUUGCAUUUUGGAAGAGGACGUCAACGGGAAGGAAUUCCCCCUGUCCGGGUCCCGGCUCCGAGAGGGGGCGACGCGCGACGAGGCUGCCCCAGGGGCGCGAGGCCAAGGUGUUGGUACCAGAAGAAAAAGGACAAUGGUUGCUGGGAAACAGAUCCAGGACCAUAGACACUCAUCCUUGUGCUUCAGAUACUGAUCCAUCUUCACAGCCGAGCAGCCCCAGUGAACCCUGAAUGCUGAGGACCACUCAGGAUUAUCGGAUGUACAGCGGGAGAGUCAUCACUUCGCUAAAUUAUUAUCUUCUCCUGGACAUCUUUCACAAAAGUCUAAUAGAUAUGUUCUACGAGGAGAAAAGGCAGCAAGCUGUUAACGCCUAACACAGAAGCACGUUAAGCUUCCACCAAAGUCCUCAACGUACCUGACCACACACAGUAUUUCAAUCUAUCACAUUUGGUUUUGGAAUCUGCUUUGGGACUUCAGCAUAUUUUUUUUUUUAAAUAUACAGAACUACUUACAUAAAGACACACACACACACACACACACACACACACACACACACACACUAUACUCAUGUAUAUGUAACGGAGACACUGGCUGCAAAUAAGACACGAAGAUUGCCAAGAUUUUAGAGAUGUAUUUGUCAAGAUUCCUGUCGAUUCAUGCCCUGUGGGUUACAGUGUCCUCUGUGAUGCAGCCCUACCCUUUAGUGUGGGGACAUUACGAUGUAUGUAAAACUCAGAUUUACACAGAAGAAGGGAAAGUUUGGGAUUAUAUGGCCUGCCAGCCAGAAUCCACGGACAUGACAAAAUAUCUGAAGGUGAAACUGGACCCUCCGGAUAUUACCUGUGGAGACCCUCCUGAGUCGUUCUGUGCAAUGGGCAACCCUUACAUGUGCAAUAAUGAGUGUGAUGCAAGUACUCCUGAACUGGCGCACCCUCCCGAGCUGAUGUUUGAUUUUGAAGGAAGACAUCCCUCCACAUUUUGGCAGUCUGCUACUUGGAAGGAGUACCCCAAACCUCUCCAGGUUAACAUCACUCUAUCUUGGAGCAAAACCAUUGAGCUCACAGACAACAUAGUUAUUACCUUUGAGUCGGGGCGACCAGACCAAAUGAUCCUGGAGAAAUCUCUCGAUUACGGACGAACAUGGCAGCCCUAUCAGUAUUAUGCCACAGACUGCCUUGAUGCUUUUCACAUGGACCCGAAAUCGGUGAAGGAUUUAUCCCAGCACUCUGUCUUAGAGAUCAUUUGCACAGAAGAGUACUCCACUGGGUACUCCACAAAUAGCAAAAUAAUUCACUUCGAGAUCAAAGACAGGUUUGCAUUUUUUGCUGGACCUCGACUACGAAAUAUGGCUUCCCUCUAUGGACAGCUGGAUACAACCAAGAAACUCAGAGAUUUCUUCACAGUCACGGACCUGAGGAUCAGGCUAUUGAGACCUGCUGUUGGGGAAAUAUUUGUAGAUGAGCUGCAUUUGGCACGCUACUUUUAUGCUAUCUCAGACAUAAAGGUGCGAGGAAGGUGCAAGUGCAACCUGCAUGCCACUGUGUGUGUGUAUGACAACAGUAAACUGACGUGCGAAUGUGAGCACAACACGACAGGUCCAGACUGUGGGAAAUGCAAGAAGAAUUAUCAGGGCCGACCUUGGAGUCCAGGCUCAUACCUCCCUAUCCCCAAAGGCACAGCAAACACCUGUAUCCCCAGCAUUUCCAGUAUUGGUAACUGUGAAUGCUUCGGCCACUCCAAUCGGUGCAGUUAUAUCGAUCUGCUAAACACAGUCAUUUGCGUGAGCUGUAAACACAACACUAGAGGGCAGCACUGUGAGUUAUGCAGGCUGGGCUACUUCAGAAAUGCUUCUGCACAGCUGGACGAUGAGAAUGUGUGCAUAGAGUGUUAUUGUAACCCUUUGGGCUCAAUCCAUGAUCGUUGUAAUGGCUCAGGAUUUUGUGAGUGUAAAACUGGAACAACAGGGCCUAAAUGUGAUGAGUGUCUGCCGGGAAAUUCCUGGCACUACGGCUGUCAACCUAAUGUCUGUGACAAUGAGCUCUUGCACUGCCAGAAUGGAGGGACCUGUCACAACAAUGUGCGCUGCCUGUGCCCUGCCGCCUACACUGGCAUCCUCUGUGAGAAGCUGCGGUGUGAAGAGGCAGGCAGCUGUGGCUCCGACUCCGGCCAGGGAGUACCCCCACGGGGCUCCACAGCACUGCUGCUGCUGACCGUGCUGCUGGGGACCGCCAGUGCCCUGGUGUUCUAGGGGUCACACCAGCCCUCCAACAGGCCUGUGCUGUGGGGGAAGCAAACACCACCCAAGCGACUGCUACUAACAUAGAAAACACGCACACCCACUCCAACACACUGUACAAACGAAGAGGGCCUAACUGAACUAAGCCAUAUCUCUGGACAGCACAUCGGAGUCAAGACUGUUUUCAUCACUGACUCCAGAGGAAUUGGCAGCUGUUGCUACUGUCACUGCAAAUCUCAUUGCCAGCUGCAGAGCCGAUUGCGGAUUGGGAAGGCUGUGAGAGCGCCCCAGAAAGGAAAGACAAAAACAAACUGAUCAACCAACCUAAAAACAAAAAAAAAACACAAACAUUCGCUACUCUACCGUGGUGCACCCUAGUAUCGCUCUGCCCAGUGUGUGGACCAACCAAAUAGAAGCAUUCUUUGCUGUCAGGUGCAUUGUGGGUAUAAGGAAAUCUGUUACAAGCUGCCAUAUUGGCCUGCUUCAGCCCCCACCCCCAACCCCACCCUGAAUCCCUUCCAACCUGUGCUUUAGUGAAAGUUGCUCUGUAACCCUUGUUGGUUGAAAGAUUUCUUUGUCUGAUGUUAGUGAUACACAUGUGUAACAGACCCCCUCCAAAAGCGCAAGCCAGUCAUACCCCUGUACAUUUUAGCAGCACUGAGACCCUCAGUGCCAGCUCACACCCACUUCACAAGAGUGGUUAGAGGAAAGAGAAAGUGUAUCUAUCCUUUUGUAUUCAAAUGAAGUUAUUUUUCUUGAAAUACUGUAAUAUGUAGAUUUUUUGUAUUAUUGCCAAUUUAUGUUACCAGACAAUCUGUUAAUGUAUCUAAUUCGAAUCAGCAAAGACUGACAUUUGAUUUUUGUCCUCUUUGGUUUUGUUUUGUUUCAUUGUGCAGAGAUUUCUCUGUAUGGGCAACGAGCGUGCUGGCAUCAAAGAAUAUCAGUUUACAUAUAUAGCAAGUGUAAUAAGAUUCCACCAAAGGACAUUCUAAAUGUUUUCUUGUUGCUUUAACAUGGAAGAUUUCAAGAAUAAAAAUCCUCGCAUAAAUGGUAUCAGGCAUUUGUAUUGCCGUUUCUUAAGAUGACAGGAGCAACCAUCCAAUGGUUUCACACUCGCUUCACUGAUGUUGUGUGGACGGAACACAGUCAGCUGAUGACUCUAGUAGCCCAGGAAGAUGGAUUGAUGGUCACUAGCUUGGACAAUGUCUGCAAAAUAUGAGACUAUUUUCCACCUGGGAAAAAAUUAUAACUGCAAGAACAGAAAGAAAUAUCUAAGUGAUUGCCAAGAUUAUGCCAAAGCCUGUUGGCGGAGUACUAAGAGACUUUUAUUUUUAAGUCAUGCUAUUUUCACAGAUUUAUGGUGAUCAUGUGACUCUAGGGAUGCUGAUCUAUGUAUCCUUCCAAAUACAGUGUUUACAUGGAGUAUCAUAAGAGGCCACCUGGGGAACCAGGACAGCAGCAGGGAAAUUGAGUGAUUAGCAAUUUGACUUUGAAUAUAUUCUAAGUAUUUAAAUGAAAUAUCAAAAUAUACAGCAGCAAGUAGACAUAACUGCUGCUCCUGAGAAUAAAGUCUGUUUCAAGUA